AUGAUUAUACAUAAAAUCCCUGAACUUUCAUACUAUCGAGAGGAUAGUGGCGAUAAUACUUUGGGUAAAAGUCCGGAGCAACAAAUAAACAGUGAUGUCAAUACUUUAGAUAUAAGCUCAGGAACUUUGCAACGGCAACUGAACAAUAGUAGUGGCUCUAUUGCUAUGAAUACAAGCUCAGUAUCUUCGCAACAGCAACUGGACAAUAUCGGUGGCUCUACGAAUACAAGCUCAGUACCUUCGCAAUGGCAAUUAGAUAAUAGUAGCAGCUUUAUAAAUGAAAGUUUGAAAUCUUCACGUUUGCAAUUGGAUAAUGGUAGCGAACCUUUGGGUGGUGACGGAUCUUUGAAUGAAAGCUUAGAACCUUCAUGUUCACGAUUAGAUAAAAGUAGCAGAUCUUUAAGUAAAAACCCAUACCGGAAGCCAGAUG